AUGGUAGACUAUAAAAAUAUCGAAUCAGCUUUAGUUGAAGUAAUUAAAGUAGCAUAUAGCCAAGGUACCAAAAAAUAUGACAAAUUAGGAGCAUCAUAUGUGAACUAUCUUAAGACUUUACAACGAAAAAGAGAUCCAGAAGAUCAUGUUGGAUAUGUUGCAAGACAGCGCGUCCCAAAUGAGGAAACUUAUAAUGAAAGAAUGGCAGAUUUCAAAGAUUGGUAUAAUGAAGAAGUAUAUGGUAGUCUUGAAAAUUUAUAUAUGUUAUAUUUCGAAUUAGCUAGUCAGGAAGUGUUGUAG